GAUAAUGAAGCGAAACUAAUUAUACAAUCAGAUCCAUUGCCGAAAAAAGUAAGCUGAUCCGUAUAAAUUAGUUCACGAAAAUUAUAAAAAUUGGCAAUUAAUUAAUUGAGGCUCUCUAUCAAGUUCAGAAAAAUCAAAUUUAGUUGUAUAUUUUCAAGACUUGAGUAACAAACUUAAGCCUUCCACUCUAUGGAGCCUGUUGACGAUGCUGAGAAAAAUAUUGUAUACACGAGAGAAUAUUGAUAUUACUAAGUCCAAUAAUUUAAAGAGCAUAGUCAAAAAUAAUGCUAACGGUUUUAAGCCAAAAAAAUCUUUGAUUCUCAAGUGGAAUGAAAUUUUAAGAUUUAUGAAAACAGCUCCAGAUAAAAAAGCUUUCGUUUUAAAGGCUAUACUGAUAUUUGGAGUUUGUGAAGCUCUGAGAUGUGACGAGAUCAGCAAACUUAAAGUGCACGAUGUCAAAGAUCGUGGUAAAAAAAUCCUGUUUCCCAUCAAUGAGACAAAAAAUGACGUCCCUCGCCAGUUUAUCAUCGGAGAAUCCUCUUAUGAUAAAGUCAAGCAAUAUAUUACAAUGAGAGCCAAGGAAUCAUUCACCGACAUAUUUUUCAUCAAAUAUCAGAAUGGAAAAUUUCACCAACAAGUAAUUGGCGGAAAUAGAAUUGGGGUGACACCGAGUGCUAUAGCUUCACAUUUAAAGUUACCUAAUCCCAAAUUAUAGACCGGGUAUUGUUUCCGAAGAACUGGCGCAACUCUAUUGUCUGACUUGGGUGCUAAUGAGAUAAUGUUAAAACGAUUCGGAGGCUGGAGGCCUACAGCAAUCGCUCAAGGGUAUGUGAAAAAUUCCAUGAAGAAUCGGGAAAAAAUAUAUGACAACAUAACUCAUGCAUCAGAAUUCUCUCGAACUAAUCAUCAACCAUCGACAUCAACUCAUCCACAAUCAUCUAUAUCAACUCAGCCACAACCAUCUACAUCAACCGAUCCACAACUCACUAAACCACAUACGUUAUCGAGUUCAUCAAUAAGCAUCCUUGAAACUGAAAUAAUAAUUCCAACGAAUGACAACACAUCUCCAGAUGGUGAAAUGGAAUGCGAUCACUUCUCUGGUGGAUUUGAGAUCAACGAGGAGGAUUUACUUGAAAUCGAUAAACUAGAUCAACAUAACUUAAUUGUAGCUAACCACCUGUUUUCACAACAGCUAAAAACUAAAAAAUACUUGUAAUGGACAAGAACCGAUCAACAAAUUUACGCACUCUUUGAAAAAACCACCAGUUACAGUUUUUUAAAAAAAAAUCAGAGAAUAUGCCACCAAGAAAACAAACCAAAGCUAUUGGAAGUGGAACCCAGCAUCAUAUGAAUGAACAUAAAUCAAAAUGUCUUUCUGUUAAUGAAAAUCCACCUAAUUUAUUUCAAAACUGCGUAUUCCAUGGUGACGUAAUAAACAAUUUUUAUUAUACUUGUGACCAUGGCAAAAAUUAAAAAAAAAAAUGUA